UUUGGAGGCGGAGAGUCAGUCGGCUCACUGUGGAGCUGUGUCGGGCAGCAGGAGGAGCCGACACCGACAGAAAAGACCGAUUCAAAGAAAAGACAUGAACGUUGCUCUGAUGCAGAAAUUUGGGCUUUGAAUCGCACCGGGGAGGAAACGGCCGCACGGUUCAUCUGGAGCGGAUUUUUGGUUUUUUAACGUGGACAGAAAGGGUGUUGACUACGGGACUCAGCAACCUCACCCUCCCCUCCAAAAAAAACAAGAAAAAAAAAAAACAACUAAAAAAAACAGACACACACAGCAAAGAGGAAUCGGCAAGAGGGCAAGAGCCAGACUUAGUAUGUUAUUGGAGAAACUGACUCUGCACUGGCAGUCUAUUUAAUGCUAAUGUAAUGGAAACACGCUCUGGUCACCCCCGGUAGCAUCUGAAAUGCAUCAGCGGAAAUAUAUCAGCAACUCCCAUGGCUAAUUGUAUCAAGCGGUGGUGGUGGCUUGAGUUUGCCAGUGGAUGCACUCAAGAGCCGGGUGCCCUGCCAUGCCCAGCGCCAUGCUAAAGCAACACACUCAUAAUAACAAGGAGCACUCAGUUCAACCAGUGGGAAAGCUGUGGAAAAAGUUGGUGGAAAAUCUAUGGUUUGAGCCUCGAUUUUGAUUUCCUUUUUUUUAUUUUGACCUAGAUAUUCUGUAACGCACCAUAGCUCGGCUGCUUUUGCUGCCAUCUGCAGCAGCUCUGCCUCUGUCUCCACUUUCACUCAAGUUGCAUUCACUCUGGCUUCAUCUUAACAUCAAUACCAAGGACAGCUAAGUGCAACCUGCUUUCUGAGAGGUACAUUUUCAGCCCGGCAAAAUGGAUUUCCGAAUUUACAGCUGGCCUUUGCGGGAGUUGAAAAUGUGAGGGGCAGAAUGAAGGGACCCCUAUGAAGAGGAGGAAUAGGUGCAACAGCAGCACAAGAUCAAAAUGGCCCAAACCAGUUUGCUGCAGGGGAAACGCUUUUACUGCCGGGAGUGGGUCUUCCAUAAGAUCCAGCACUGCCUCCAGGAGAAAACCAACAACCUCAGUGGAGUGACCAGCACUCCCAGUAAGCAGCCACCGCUGGCGCCCGGCGGGGGUGUGUCCAAUCCCGGUAGCCUGACGGCAGGAUCCACAAAGUCAGGUAGCUCCUGGGGAGUGCUGCUGGUGGGAGGGCCAGGAAGCGGGAAGACCGCGCUGUGCACGGAGCUGCUAUGGCCCACAUCCGCGCAGGGAACCCACCGGGGUCUGCACCAGCAAAGCCUGGCUUUCCACUUCUGCCGGGCGGACGACUCGGACACGCUGUGCGUCGGCGGGUUCAUCCGCGGACUGGUGGGUCAGAUCUGCCGCAGCGGGCUGGUGCCGGGAUACGAGGACAAGGUGCGUGACCCAGCUGUGCAGAGCACUUUGCAGCCUGGAGAGUGUGAGAGGAACCCCACAGAGGCUUUCAAGAGAUGUGUCCUUUUGCCUCUCCUGAGUGUAAAGCCUCCUCAGCAGUCUCUCUUCCUGCUCGUGGACUCUAUCGACGAGGGCUGUCAGUUGGGUGAGGGGGAGCAGAGGUCCUCCCCCGGCUCCCCCAGGACCAUCGCCGAACUCCUGGCCAGUCAUCACGAGUUCCUGCCUCCCUGGCUACUGCUCAUCUGCUCCGCACGACGUCAGAACAAGGCCAUCACCAAACUCUUCACAGGAUUCCGCAAAAUCAGCCUUGAUGAUCUGCGCAAGGCCUACAUCGUCAAGGAUGUGCAACAGUACAUCCUCCACAGGCUGGACCAGGAGGAGGCCCUCAGGCAGCACCUGACCAAGGAGACAGCCGAGAUGCUCAACCAACUCCACAUCAAAAGCAGCGGCUGCUUCCUCUACCUGGAGCGUGUGCUGGAUGGCGUGGUGGAGAACUUUAUCAUGCUUCGUGAGAUCCGUGACAUCCCUGGCACUCUCAAUGGCCUCUACCUGUGGCUCUGCCAGAGACUAUUUGUCAGAAAACAGUUUGCCAAAGUCCAACCCAUCCUAAAUGUAAUCCUGGCAACUUGCAGGCCACUCACAGUCAAAGAACUGUACCAUGCAGUCUGGACCAAAAACAUGACACUGACUAUGGAAGAGUUUCAGAAAAAGAUGGACAUUCUCUCCAAGUUGUUGGUGGAUGGCCUUGGGAGUACUAAAAUCCUUUUUCACUACAGUUUUGCAGAGUGGCUACUGGAUGUUAAGCACUGCACCCAGAAGUACUUGUGCAAUGCAGCAGAGGGACAUAGAAUGUUGGCAAUGAGUUACACCUGCCGGGCAAAGCAGCUUAAACCACUUGAAGUGCAGGAAUUUGCACUACACCUCGUCAAUUCCAAUCUGCAGAUUGAGCCAUUUAAUCUGGCUCUUUGGAUGGUUUGGAAUGGAACUCCUGCUAAAGACUCUCUGACCACCUCCAUACCAAGAGAACAGGAGGUUCUGCAACUUCUUGUCAAAGCUGGAGCUCAUGUUAACAAUGAGGACGAUCAUGCCUCAUGCAUUGUACAACAGGCCCUGGAAAGAGAGGACUCAAUACGGACAUUACUUGACAACGGGGCAUCUGUGAACCAGUGUGACUCCAGUGGAAGAACUCUGCUUGCCAAUGCUGCAUACAGUGGAAACCUUGAUGUUGUCAACUUGCUCAUAUCUAGAGGGGCAAACAUGGAGUUAGAAGACAACCACGGACAAACAGCACUUACUCUUGCUGCAAGGCAGGGCCAUACCAAAGUGGUCAACUGCCUAAUUGGCUGUGAGGCCAACAUAAACCACACAGAUCAUGAUGGAUGGACAGCCCUCCGUUCAGCAGCUUGGGGUGGACAUUCAGAGGUUGUUUCUGCUCUGCUGUAUGCUGGCGCCAAAGUGGACUGUGCUGAUGCUGAUGGUAGAACUGCUUUGAGAGCUGCAGCUUGGGGAGGUCAUGAAGACAUAGUGUUGAACCUUCUUCAGCAUGGGGCUGAGGUCAACAAAGCAGACAAUGAAGGAAGAACAGCUCUCAUUGCUGCAGCAUACAUGGGGCACAGAGAGAUUGUCGAGCACCUCUUAGACCAUGGGGCCGAAGUUAAUCAUGAAGAUGUGGAUGGGAGGACUGCCCUCUCAGUCGCUGCUCUAUGUGUCCCUGCAAGCAAAGGCCAUGCUUCUGUUGUGAGCCUUCUGAUCGACAGGGGAGCAGAAGUUGACCACUGUGACAAAGACUGCAUGACCCCUCUCCUUGUGGCUGGCUAUGAAGGACAUGUCGAUGUAGUUGAUCUGCUUUUGGAAGGUGGAGCCGAUGUGGAUCAUACAGACAACAAUGGCCGCACCCCUCUUCUUGCUGCUGCAUCAAUGGGCCAUGCCUCUGUUGUCAACACAUUGCUUUUCUGGGGGGCCGCUGUUGAUAGCAUCGACAGUGAGGGAAGGACUGUGCUGAGCAUUGCAUCUGCUCAGGGUAACGUGGAAGUGGUCAGAACUCUGCUGGACAGAGGUCUGGAUGAGAAUCACAGGGAUGAUGCAGGCUGGACCCCGCUACACAUGUCCUCAUUUGAGGGCCACCGCCAAGUGUGCGAUGCCCUUAUUGAGCAAGGUGCUCGUUGUACAGAGGUAGAUAAUGAUGGUAGAAUACCGCUGAUAUUAGCUGCACAGGAGGGACAUUAUGACUGUGUGCAAAUUCUUCUGGAAAACAAGUCAUGCAUUGACCAGAGGGGAUAUGAUGGGAGGAAUGCUCUCAGGGUGGCUGCACUAGAGGGCCACAGGGACAUUGUUGAACUGCUGCUGAGCCACGGUGCCGAUAUAGAUCACAAAGAUGCAGAUGGACGCCCAACCCUCUACAUAUUGGCACUUGAAAAUCAGCUGGCCAUGACAGAGUAUUUCCUUGAAAAUGGAGCAAAUGUGGAAGCUUGUGACACUGAGGGCAGAACGGCCCUCCACGUGUCCUGCUGGCAAGGGCAUGUUGAAAUGGUGAGGCUGCUGAUUAACUAUCACGCUGACGUGAAUGCCUGUGACAAUGAGAAGCGAUCUGCCCUCCAGUCUGCUGCAUGGCAAGGCCACACAAAAGUCGUACAGUUUUUGAUAGAGAAUGGCACACAUGUGGAUCAUACAUGCAACCAGGGAGCAACAGCACUAGGCAUAGCUGCACAGGAGGGUCACAUUGAUGUUGUGCAGAUACUUCUUGAAAAUGGUGCUGACCCCAACCACGCCGACCAGUUCGGACGCACAGCAAUGAGAGUGGCAGCAAAAGGUGGCCAUUCGAUGAUUAUAAAACUUCUGGAAAAGUAUGGGGCCACAACUCUAAAUGGCUGCAACCCUUCCCCAGUGCACACCAUGGAUGAAAAAACACCAUUGGCUGUGACUGGUAAGAUGCAGUCCCUCACCAUUAAAUCAAGUAGUUCUGGCAGCACUGGAGCCGGAGAUAUGCAGUCGUCUGGACGCGGUAUACCCAACGGACCUGUCCAUGCUUUCAGUUCACCAUCAGAAUCUCCUGAUUCCACUGUAGAUAGACAGAAAUCCUCCUUGUCGAAUAAUUCCCUCAAGAGUUCAAAGAACUCCUCCUUGAGAACCACAUCAUCUACAGCCACAGCUCAGACUGUGCCGAUCGACAGUUUUCAUGGACUGACUUUCACAGAGCAAAUCCAACAGCACUCACUGCCUCGCAGCCGGAGCAGACAGUCAAUUGUGUCCCCCUCCUCCACAACUAAGUCAAUUGGUCAGCAGCCGUCAUCUCCAUCCAAUGACUUUGACUGGUCUCAGCUAAAACCUGGUCUCAAGUCAACAAAGGGAAGUAAGACCGGAAAUGGGACAUCAAGUGGUAAAGGAGACAAGAAAAAAAACAAGAAUAGUGGAUCAACACAAGGUCAGGUUUUGGAGUAUGAGAUGACACAAUUUGACAAGAGGAUCGCCCUCAACAAAUCAGUAGCGAACAUUUCAGUGAAGGAUCCCCAUUGUAAGAUCAUGAUUGGUGGCUCAAUUCAGCAGGAAAGGGGACAAGGCCAAGACCAAUUCUUUAUCCAGCAGCAGAGCUGUGCUGAGAAGAAGAGGAACGGCAUCAUGACCAACCCCAACUACCAUCUACAGGGUAAUCAGGUUUUCCUGGGUAGGGUAUCAGUUCCUCGGACUGUGCAGAACAGAGGCCACCAGGAUGUUCUAGAGAACUAUCCCAUAGGGGAAACCGAGCUAAGCCUUAAACAAGCCCUGAAACUGCAGAUUGAAGGAUCAGAUCCUGGGUUUAACUACAAAAAGGAGACUCCAUUAUAGCUGAUGUCUUGAAUGCCAUUCGUCAUGCAGACCAUUGGAGGGAAUGUGCCAAAGCAACUGUUUUCAUCUGCAUUAAAAAUACUUUUUUUUGUUCAUCAGUGGGAGACCUCAAAAAUAAUACCUAGGGAAGAUUGCUGCCUAAGGCUUAUGUGAACUGAUACUUCGAUGUGCCUACAUCUGUUACAGCCUUCUCCAUGUAUUCAUGCAAACUAUCAUUUUAAUUUAAUGUAAUGCUAUUUAAUAAACAGUGUAUGCACUUUUAAAAGAGUAAAAUGACAGACAUGCAUUUGUUCUAUUCACUUUGUAUCCCAUCCAUGUUUUAUCAAAGUAAUUGUUUGAUAGAAACAUACCAAUGCUUUUUUAAUUAUUUUAUAUUAUGUUCUGUCUAUCUGUUUUUUUUUUCACACUGACAGCAAUGUAACACUGAGUACAUUGUCACAAACCAGAGGACAUAACAGUAACUGAUGCCAUGGUAUGAACUUAAGCGCAUUGAUAGUCUGCCUUUCUAGAGACCCCAAAUAAUCUGUGUUAACCUUGAUCAGUGUGCUAAACCUAUGUUGUGUGUAAUAUGUUAAUAGCUAUGGCAAUUUACUUCACAAGUAUAUACAAGCAUAUUUAUUUUUGGAAAAAAGCCACUUUUGCUGCAUUUUGUGUUGCAUUACGCUCUACCAUGGUGCUGUGUUCAGAAGUUGCCUGCAGUUAUUUUGGACUCCCAGUUUUGUUGGCUUUGUGCAUUUGUGUAUUAUUACAAAUAUCUAAGAAAGAGAGAGGUUCAGUGAAAAUGUAAAAAAAACAAAACAAAACAAAAACAAAAAACGAGUUCAUUUUGUCCCUAUGGGAUUUUUGAGUUGUUUGUGUGUUAUGUUUUUGUGUGCAUAAAAAUAUUUAAAUAACCCAUUGUGUACCGUCAACAGAAGUUUGGUGCUAAACGCAGCGAUUUCAAGUGACAGCAGUGAUGCAUUUGUCCGCAGAGUUACAUGUAUAACCUACUGCAAUGCAAGAAACAAAAUCCAAGCUUUGUUUCCUUAUUGUCAUGUGGUUAAUUUUCUGUAAUUCCUGGUGGAUUUUUCAGGGGCAUGACACAAAACGGUUCAGCCAUUACGACAACUUGUAGCUGUCUUUGAUAUUGUUUGAAAUGCAGAGUUGUAAAGCCAAAGUUGAAACAACAUACUCUGUCCCACCUCCUCCCUGUGAGAAGCUCAAUAUCAGUUCAACAGGUCUUAACCCCCGCGGGAGAAGGAGGGGAGGAGGUGCUCGACUGUGACGCUGAGGGAACUGAAACAUCUGUUUCUCAUGAACUGUGUGGAGCUGCGUUAGCGUUUAUAGGCUGUGUCAUAUUUUUUGCAGGCUUUUCAUAAUGUUAACAGUGAGCUAUUUUUCGCCAAGAACUGGGAUCGGGGGGUAGUAGAAACCUAUCGCAUGCACAAACACUUAUAAGCCCUAGUGAAAGCUCUCAGCUCUUCAGUACUACAGUAGCUCAAAAGUAUGCCAUGAAGGGUCAAUGGAAGGAUUCAAGGCAGGAUCGGGUCUAGAAACAGUGUUGGAAAACAUACUGUAUAGUCUUAUUAAGCAGUUAUCUUGUUUGUCUUGACUGUGUUUUGUCUGUCAUCUUUGAUUUGACUGUCAGUGAUUGGAUUGUAAAUAGCUUCCCAUGUACAUUCAACUUUCAGUUAAAAAGAAUUCCUGUAUUAUAUGAAGUGGAAUUUUCUGAUGUAUAUUAAAGUGCUUAAUAAACAUAUUUGCUUUACUGCUGAAAAAGAAA